GUGUUUAAUUCAAAAACAGCAGAGCUCCUCAGCCAUCACCAGGUGGAAAUCAAACAAAGCUUCCCCAAAGAAGGAUGGGUCGAGGAGGACCCCAAAGAAAUUCUGCAGUCGGUGUACGAGUGCAUGGAGCGGACGUGUGAAAAACUCACCCAACUCAACAUAGACAUCUCAAACAUUAAAGCUAUCGGAGUGACCAACCAAAGAGAGACCACGCUGGUUUGGGACAAAGAGACCGGGGAGCCUCUCUACAAUGCGAUCGUUUGGCUGGACCUGCGGACUCAAUCGACAGUCGAGCGUCUCAUUAAUAAAACUCCAGGAAGGAAUAAGAACCACUUGAAGCAUAAAACGGGGCUCCCGAUCAGCACUUACUUCAGCGCGGUGAAACUCCGCUGGCUGAUGGACAAUGUGGACGAGGUGCACAAAGCCGUCGUGUCUCACCGCGCCAUGUUCGGCACCGUGGACUCUUGGCUCAUUUGGUGUUUGACAGGAGGGAAGUCAGGCGGUGUCCACUGCACAGAUGUGACCAACGCCAGCAGAACCAUGCUGUUUAACAUUCACACGAUGGAGUGGGACCCAGAACUUUGCAAAUAUUUUGGUAUUCCCAUGGAGAUCUUGCCCAGAGUGAGGAGUUCUUCAGAAAUAUAUGGCCUCAUGAAAUCUGGAGCUCUUUCAGGUAUUCCCAUUUCAGGGUGUCUCGGGGAUCAGUCAGCAGCACUCGUUGGACAGAUGUGCUUUCAGGAUGGACAAGCGAAAAACACGUAUGGAACAGGCUGCUUUCUCCUGCGAAACACUGGACCUAAGCCUGUAAUGUCUGAUCACGGCCUCCUCACCACUGUAGCGUACAAACUCGGUCGGGAUAAACCUGCCUGUUAUGCACUGGAGGGCUCUGUGGCCAUUGCAGGAGCUGUGGUUCGUUGGCUGCAGGACAAUCUCGGGAUCAUCGGAUCAUCUGAAGAGCUCGAGAAGUUGGCUGCAUCCGUCGGUACGUCCUACGGCUGUUAUUUUGUUCCUGCAUUUUCGGGUCUUUAUGCGCCUUACUGGGAGCCCAGUGCGAGAGGGAUCAUUUGCGGGUUAACUCAGUUUACAAAUAAGAGUCACCUCGCAUUUGCUGCUCUGGAAGCUGUCUGUUUCCAGACACGAGAGAUACUGGACGCCAUGAAUCAGGACAGCGGCAUCCCGCUAACUCAGCUCCAGGUGGACGGAGGAAUGACGUCCAACAGGUUGCUGAUGCAGCUGCAGGCGGACAUUCUCUGCAUCCCCGUCGUGAAGCCGUCCAUGCCUGAGACCACAGCGCUCGGGGCAGCGAUGGCAGCGGGAGCAGCAGAGGGGGUGAGCGUGUGGAGUCUGAACCCAGAGGACCUGAGUGAAGUCACUUCUGAGAAGUUCGAGCCUCAGAUCAACACUGAAGAGAGUGAGUUUCGGUACGCCCGGUGGAAGAAGGCGGUGCAGAAAUCCAUGAACUGGGAGACGACAGAGCCUGUUUGUAAUGGAAACGGUGAAACUAGUAUCUUCAGCAGCGCCCCGCUGGGCUUCUACAUCAUUGGCAGCAUGUUGAUGUUAAUUGGUGCAAAAUACCUCGCAGGCCACAACUAGGCUCCGACUCCCGGAGGCAUUGACGCAAAGAGGGAAGUGGAGACAAACAGCUGGACCACCACUUGCACUCUCAGCUGCACUCGUUUCCAAAAGGAAUUCCAGGAUAAAGACGUUCCUGCUGAAUCUUAAUGGAAAAUGUUUGACCUGACUCACUGAACUUUAUUUUUCCCUGUGUUUUUUUCAUUUAAUUUGAAUGCAUUUUUUCAAGAACACAUUGGUACAUUAGAUUAAUUUUAGUGUGCAUGCAGUAUUUCCUUUUUUAUUUUUACAAUGUUGACAUGGUAUGAACCUCUGAGCUUAUUUAUAUAGAAACCAAUGCUAGUGCAGAUUGUUUUUCAUAGCUGUGUCAAGUGAAAUUUUCUGUCUAAUUUGCUUUAUAUGCUGUUCGUCAAAUUCACUGUUACCCUUGAAUGGUCGUCUAACAGUCAAGCUGUAAUGUUUUGUUGUUGGAGACCCUCCGCUAUGAGCUGCAGAAGACUUUUUAGAGCACUUUAUAUUUUUGUUUUGUCUUG